AUGCAAACGCGGCCGCGCAGCAACCCAUAUGGUGUGGACGUUGACUGUCACUCCCCUAUGCCGUCUGACGUCCGCAGCUUCUCAGCAGGAUCCACUGCGAGCGGGCGCACCGCGCACACGGGCCGAUCCAACCACACGGGCCUGGAUGACUCCAAGAGCCUCAAAGCCUGGGCACGAGGUGUCGCUGAGGACGUGUUGGCGCUGCGCCGCGAGUUUGAGGCUUUGCGGGCAAGCGGAGCUGGCAGGCCGAAUCUGAGCCGACCAGACUCCUGGGAGUUGCCUUCGCCUGCCUAUGCGAAGUUGCCGGGGCGGCGCCUGGGCAAGGCAGGCGUGAGCAUGAGGGAGGCGGCCUUUGCCAUCGGCAUGUCCCCUGCCAGGCAGCCGCCGGGGAUCAGCCCCAUACCUUGCACGAAUGCGAUGCUGCUUGGUGGUGCCCGUGAUGACGAGGAGACCGUGCGCUGGCCCAGCCAAGGCGCCCAUGGCCCGGAACCACCCGAAGUCCCAGAGGUCCCCGACAGCGACUUCUGGGACAACCGCCUGCAGGCCGUCGAGGGCGAGGUAACUCGCCUGGGAGAGGAGUUUCGGCGCCUGGAGGGGGAGCAGCAACAUGCAACUCGCCAGCGAGGCGACCUGCGGCAGGAGAAUGAACUCCUGCUGUCUCGAUUGUCUGCGCUUGAAGGUGACAAAGCUCACACUGGUGCUCAAGUGCAGGAGCUACAUGCGCUGCUUUCAGCGCUCGACAGAGGUGCACGGGGCCUCUCCGAGGACCUGACCUGUGUCGUACAGGAGGUGGAGCUUAGGCUCGCCAAGAUCGGGCAUGAACUCGCCAGCCAGAAGUCUGCCUUGCAACAGGUCCAGAGUGAGAUGAUGUCUCCUGCCACCCCAGACAUGGCGCCAGUGCCGGUAGUGGUGGUGGUUGAGCGACUCUGCGCUUCCAAUCCCAGGAUGCAGCGAUCUGAGGCCACGCGCCUUUGCCAAAGCUUUCGGGCCUGGCAGGGCAUCGUGCGUCCUCCAGAAAGGUUGCGGCCUUCAGCGGCCGCCUCUAUGCCGAUGAUUGAGCAACACCUGCAGCAGCGCUUCGAGUGGCUCGAACAACGGGCCUUGCUCAGCGCCCGCUGUGAGGUGCUCCGCCAAAGAGAGGAGCUCUGCCUCGCCGUUGGGGCAGAGCUGCACGAGGCAAACCAUGCCCACUUCGAAAUCGAUGAAGCGAAGGUUCUGAAGCUUUCCGAAUGCCUCAGCGAAGUGCAGCAGCGGGUGGAGGGUGUGGAGGCCUCCUUGCCACAGCUGGUGAGCCAAGUGAGCUGCCUCUCCGAUCGCUGCGCUGCGCUAGGCCAAGAGCCCCGCCACCCCGCGCAGGCGCUCAACCCUACCCCCGAGUCGCUGAAUGCUGUCCGCAGUGAUGUGGGGGCUGUUGCACGCAGUGUGGCUCAGCUGGACGAGGUUUUCCGAGAAGCGCUCGAGUUGAAUGAGAUCCGUGACUCGAAGGUGGAGGAGCUCCGCCAGGUCCUCAGCGAAGUGGCGGAGGCCUCUGCUGCCCCGGAAGACGCGAUAGCCAGGCAGGCCGUGCAGGUUGUCUGGCAAAGUGUCGAGGAGCUCCAGGCCCAGGCAACCGAGAGCCAGGCGUCCAAAGACGACGUGGCCAAAGAUCUUGACACUCUCGGUGCGGACCUGGCACUUCUCAAGGCGCAAGCAUCCGGCCAAGUCAGCCUGUCCAGAAGUGUGGAGGAGCUCCGGGAGGUCUGCCAAGAAGAUCGCCGUAGCGCCUUGAAAGCUGAAGAAAGCCUCCGGGAUGCCUGUGCUCGUGUGGAAGGGCUGGAAGAGGCUGUGACAAACUUGACAGCGAGUCAUCGCAAGAGCGCGAAAGCUGCCGAUGUCAACGACCUCCGCCAUAGCUUGGCCGAGCUGCAGGAGGUAUUCAGAGAAGCAGAGCAGAAAACUGCCGCAGAAGCUCGCUCCAACCUGGACCACGUGCACUUCCGUGUCCAAGAGCUGAGCGAGGCUGUGUCGGACGUUAAGCAGGAGGGGCAAGACACUGCCAAAGCUGCCGAUGUCAACGACCUCCGCCAUAGCCUGGCCGAGCUGCAGGAGGUAUUCAGAGAAGCAGAGCAGAAAACUGCCACAGAAGCUCGUUCCAACCUGGACCACGUGCACUUCCGUGUCCAAGAGCUGAGCGAGGCUGUGUCGGACGUUAAGCAGGAGGGGCAAGACACUGCCAAAGCUGCCGAUGUCAACGACCUCCGCCAUAGCUUGGCCGAGCUGCAGGAGGUAUUCAGAGAAGCAGAGCAGAAAACUGCCGCAGAAGCUCGUUCCAACCUGGACCACGUGCGCUUCCGUGUCCAAGAGCUGAGCGAGGCUGUGUCGGACGUUAAGCAGGAGGGGCAAGACACUGCCAAAGCUGCCGAUGUCAACGACCUCCGCCAUAGCUUGGCCGAGCUGCAGGAGGUAUUCAGAGAAGCAGAGCAGAAAACUGCCGCAGAAGUUUGUUCCAACCUGGACCACGUGCGCUUCCGUGUCCAAGAGCUGAGCGAGGCUGUGACGGAGGUCAAGCAGGUGGGGCAAGACACUGCCAAAGCUGCCGAUGUCAACGACCUCCGCCAUAGCUUGGCCGAGCUGCAGGAGGUAUUCAGAGAAGCAGAGCAGAAAACUGCCACAGAAGCUCGUUCCAACCUGGACCACGUGCGCUUCCGUGUCCAAGAGCUGAGCGAGGCUGUGACGGACGUUAAGCAGGUGGGGCCAGACACUGCCAAAGCUGCCGAUGUCAGCGACCUCCGCCAUAGCUUGGCCGAGCUGCAGGAGGUAUUCAGAGAAGCAGAGCAGAAAACUGCCGCAGAAGCCCGUUCCAACCUGGACCACGUGCACUGCCGUCUCCAAGAGCUGAGCGAGGUUGUGCUGGCCCUCCAGGGUCGGCCAAGCGCAGCUUCUGAACUCGAGGAUCACCAGAAUUUGGGCGAGCCAAAGGAGGUAGAGGAGCAGCCGCUGGUCACACAGUGGGAGGCUUCAGCCGAGCCUCUACCGGCCCAUGGCAUCUACCAAGGGAAACCUCGUGAUGCCCGUCCGCGAACGCAGAGUUCACAGCCCUCAGGGUUACGAGAUGGCUCUCCGAAGGGCGGGGACGCGUCAGGUUCCAUAGUCGGCGACACUCUGUCGACCAACCCGGCCAUGGCAAGCUCCUUUGAGCGCUUGGACGAUACAUUCCCUGCCGCAUCCGCCGAGGAACAUUUUGGGACGAUCGCCGCCAUGCAGGAUGAGUUGAAGCUUCUCGCCUUUGAGGCUCAGAGGCAGCGGCGUCAGAGUAUCAAGAUGCACGCGGAGCUUGGGCAGGCCCUGGCGAGCCUGGAGGAGCAGCAGCUGCAGCGUAGCCACGCCGAGCAGGAUCUGUGGGCACAUCUUCAGGUCCACGAACGGCAGCAGCAACACGUCCAGGACGAAGUCCAGAGCGCCCUUGCCGAGCUCGCUGCCCUACGACCAGGAUGCCAGCGGUCAGUUGCCGAGGCCCUGGCGAGCCUGGAGGAGCAGCAGCUGCAGCGUAGCCACGCCGAGCAGGUCUUAGUUGAGACAGUGCAAGCUGAUGCGGCGGAGACGGAAGCCAAGGUCCAGUCCCUCAAGCAGGAAGUGGGCUGUGCGGCCGAGGAUGACAGGGCAUGCUUCCUACAGCUUUGGCUCAACUUGAACUUCCUGGACGGUGGCAAGGGCAAGGGACGCCGCUGGGACGUCUUGAGCUAUGCCAGCCAGGGCCUCACUGAUGCGGACUUCGCGCGGUUAGAUCUCCGCGCAGAGUACGACAGCGACUAUGAAGAAGUUGACUUCUCAGAGAACAACUUCUCCGGUCGCGGCUUACGCUGUAUCCUGGAUCUUUGCGUCCGAUGCCCUCGGCUCAAGGUGCUCAAGCUGUUUAAGAACGACAUCGAUGACGAGGGGGCCGAGUUCCUGGCACGCUUUCUGGAGGAGUGCCCAAAUCUGGAAGAGCUCCAUCUCUCCCACAACAGGAUCUCCAGCAGUGGCGCCCUGCGCCUCAUUUCCACCGGCAGCGCCUGCCGACGCGAGGGCGAUGCACCCCUUUGGCUGCGUCUGGAGCGCAACUGCAUCGAAAAUGUGGAGCAGGUUGAGUCGUGGCUGUACCAGAGAUACAGCGUUUGCUACAAGAAAGAGUCGGAGUGCACGUCGAGGCAUUGCAAGUACCGUUGCAAGGUUCACGUGCCCCACAUCGCGAAACAGUCGCCGUCAGAAGGUCGACACCGCACCUGGUCCUCUGCCUACCCCCAAGACGAGGAAGAGGAGGCCCGCUACAAGCGUCGAUGCUCCUGGCAAAGGUAUGAUGAACGGGACCGCGGUCGCGAACACCGCGACCGCCGGCAUGAUCGAAACGAGCAGUUCCGAGGGAUGGAGGAGGGAUUCAACACCGAUGGCCGGGGAGCCGAGCAGGACGAGGAUAUGCCCGUCAAGGACGAGGUCAAAGAAGAGGAGUCCGAAGAUGAUGUUGUGAUUAUGGAGCCGAGCAAUGCCUCCUCCGCUCCUCCUCCGCCUGCGCCGCGGCUCAGGGGCUCUGAGCUCCAGGCGUGGGAAGCCGCACUGCGGAGAUGGGAGGUACGCCUCGACAGCCGGGAAACGAAGAUCCGGGCCCUGCAGUUGUCUCUACCGCGCGCUGCGCGCGAAAAGCUCUCGCAGCUCAUACCGCCCCAGGUCGUCCUGCCACGGGACCGGCCCUAUGCCUUUCAACGGGCCUUGGCCGAGGAGCUGCAGGCAGGUUUCACCGAGCUCCGGAUGUCCCUCUCGGAUGCACUGGAGGUGGACAUGCGCCCCGCGCAGCAGAUCCAGUCAGAACAGCUCGCCCAGACUGAGGCCUCAGUGGUGGCGCUCCGGGGCGCCCUGUCCCUGGAGCUGGGAGAGGCCAAGCGCAUGCUUUCCGAAGAGAUGGCCUCACAGGUUCGCAGCAUGUCCGAGUUUGGCCGAGCGCUGCAAUGGCAGCAAGUCCUGCACACCUUCGCGGCAUUGAAUUCAGGUAUCACUCCAAACAACGUGGCGUUCAGCGUCGCCAUCAGGGCAUGCAGCCAAGCGCAGCAGUGGCCCUCUGCACUCGCCCUGUUCGCUGAUCUUCGUGCGCGAGGCCAGCCAGACCUAAUCUGCUGGAGCGCGGCUAUGAGCGGCUGCGCGGCUGGGUCGCUCUGGAGAGACGCCCUGCAGAUGCUCCGGGAGCUGCCGGCGCGCAGCUUAAAGCCAGACAUCGUGGCCUUCGGAGCAGUUGCUACAGCCUGCAGCGGCGCCUGGAGCCACGCCGUGGCACUCUUGGAGGAUGCAUGUGCAGCCCACUUGCAGUUGAGCUCCGUCUUCUGCAACUCUGUGAUCACUGCUUGCGGCAGGGGCGAACGUUGGGAGCUUGCCCUGUCCAUUCUCAACCAGAUGCCUUCGUUGGGCGCCGCAUGCACAGUGGUGACCUACACUGCAGCGAUGACGGCCUGCACUGCUGCUGGGCACUGGCAGAGGUGCCUGCAGCUUGGUGAGUCACUCACAGCCGCAGGGAUCGCAAAAAACGUCGUCGUGUACGGUUGCCUCGUCGACGCAUGCGAGUCAGGGCGUCAGUGGAUCCUGGCCCUGCAGCUGCUGCGAGAGAUGCCGAAGCAGCAAGUAGCUCCGAACCUGGUCGUGGUUUCUGCCGCGAUUGGUGCUUGUGAAAGUUGCUGUCAGUGGGAGACAGCAUGGUAUCUCUUCUGCUCUCUGGACAAACCCAACGUGGUGGCCGCCUCCUCUACCAUGGCAGCCUUGGCAAAGGGCGGUCGCUGGGAGAUGGCGCUGUCAUUGUGUGGAGAGGCUCGAGAUCGGAGUAUUGGGCUGAACCUGGUCGCAUGCAGCACUGCCAUCAGUGCCUGCGAGAAGGGCCACAAUUGGGCGUCAGCGCUGGCUCUCCUGCUGGAUAUGCGAAAGUUGAAGCUGGAGACCAACAUCGUGGCCUACAGUGCAGUCAUCAGCGCCUGUGAGAAGAGCAAGCAGUGGGAGCUUGCUCUUGCGCUUUUUGAAGAAGUUCUCCAGAUCAGACUGCAGCCGGAUGUCAUUGCUUGCAGCGCCACAAUGAGCGCUGUGGAAAGAUCCGGGCGAUGGGAUUUAGCUUCCGGAGUUCUGUCAAUCGUUGAGGAAGACAAGAUUCAGCCCAAUGUGGUGUUGUACAAUUCUGCAAUCAGUGCUGCUCAAAAGGCGAACGCCUGGGAGAAAGCCAUCCAGUUGAUGAAGGAUCUCCGCCUAGCUGGCCUGCAGCCGAACACCAUCAGCUUCAGCGCUGCCAUCCUGGCCUGUAGCCAAAGCAUGCAGUGGCUCGCAGCCCUCCAGCUCCUUGCUCAGGAAGCGCGACACGACGUGGAGCCAAAUCUGGUCACGUACGGUGCAGCCAUCGAAAGCUGCGAGCAAAUUCGAAAUCAACAACACGUCCCUGCCCUGUUGAGAGCCCUCGAGGCGACCGGGCUCCGGCAGCUCUGA